GACAGCAGGCGAGCGCACGAGUUGAGCCUCCGCUUUUGCAGCUGUUAUGACAUCAUAUGGUAGCUACGCGGCCGCGCGCGGUGCAGCAAGGAAGAGCGUGGUUGUGCGGCUAGUAUGCUUCACAUAAAAAUGGGUGUGUAGUAAGAAAAGGAAAAGAAACAACAUAUUAUAGGGCCAGAAAUCUACAGCACACAGUUCUGUACAAAGACAAACUUAUUUAUUUAUUUUAUUUGUACAUACUGCAACUCUAAGAGGGUCAUUGCAAGGGGGGUGGGUACAAACUCAAAGGUACAAAGCACACAGCAAAGCACUGGUAUACGAAAUAUGUUGAAAAAUAAAAAAAAGGAUAAAUACAUACAUACUUGCAUAUAAACAUAGUAUAUGAUACAUGGAUAUAUUGAACAUUCCAAAUACAGUGCAGUAUUUAGAAUUUACAAUGUUAGACCAUCUAGCGCAACAGACGGUCCUUCUGACAUGGAUAUAUAUAGAUAUAAAAGACAAACACAAGUCGCACCACACUGAGUUCAUCAACAGAGUCACAUAUACACACGCGUGGCUGGUCAUGUGGUCUAGGUUUCAUCUACACUAAGCAGUGAUGAUCCUCAACUAAAGCAUGUACCCGCUAUUGGGAACAGGUAAAGAUUUGGGUGGAAGAAAGAAACAUAUAAGCAACUACUAUAGUUGAAAAGUUAAAGGUGUAAUAAAAGUAGAAUAGUGUGUAAUUGAGAAAUAAGGCUAGGUACACAUUAAAGGGACAUCGAAGAAUGAGCAGUAAAAAGCCACUGCAUUAGAGAAUUUGGAGUAUAACCGAAUUGGAAGUGAACUGGACAUUGAGCAGAGAAGAAGAAAAAAGAAAAAAUAUGGGAACCAUCACUGAUUUUUGGCCCAUUCCUUAUUGUGGGUAUGUGCCACUUGAUUUAUGUCCAUCAUAAUUCUCCAUAGUGGGUACACAUCAUUGGCUCCAAAGAAAAACGACAUGUCUGACGAUCCUUGGGCCCGACUGCAGGCACAAAGCAAUCAGCAAAAUAAUCAGCAAGCUGCAGCCGGGGCAGGUGCACCUGGGUCUCAGCCUCCACUGCCUUCAACAGGCACUCAAGGGGAGCCACCAUUUCCUCAGCAGCCCGUUCAAGAAACAGUGACACAGCAGGCAGCACCUACACAGCAGGGUGCUCCUUUGCAGAAUCUUCUGAAUGUGCUAGAAUCUCAGGCCGCUCCUACACAGCAGGGUGCACCUCUGCAGAAUUUUCUAAAUGUUCUAGGAGCUCAGGCAGCAUCAGGGCACUAUGCAGAAACUACCAAUGUGCCAAGAAGCCCUGAACUAACGCAAAGCACAUGGCAACAGGCGUUGCCUUCCCAGUACGGUGUCCCAGUGGGUGGAUAUGGCCAGAGCAUCCCUAUAAAUCGAUACGAGGCUGAAGGAGCAGCUGCAGCUCUUGUGCUGCGGCAGAUUGACGAGAGCCCACCACCAGUAAGGCUUGUGUUUGCGAUCCUGGAGCAGUAUCUGGGUGUGAACAGAGCUUACAUCGGCAUGGGUGUGGCUGGCCUGUUUGCACUGUACAUGAUCUUUGGCUACUUUGCCCAGCUGCUGUGUAACCUUGUUGGUUUUGCCAUACCUGCUUAUGCAUCCAUGCGUGCCAUAGAGUCCACAUCAAAGGAGGACGACACCAAGUGGCUCACUUAUUGGGUGGUUUUCGCCUGCUUCUCAGUGGUGGACUUUUUUGCCGACAACAUCCUGCGCUACUUCCCCUUCUACUGGCUGGCCAAGAUCAUCUUUCUUGUGUACUGCUUUGCUCCUAUACACCCGAAUGGAUCUUAUCACAUCUACCAGAAGUUCAUCCGUCCCAUCUUCUUGCGCAAUGAGACCACCGUCGACAAACUGGCUGCAGAUGCUGGUGCUGGCAUCCGAAGUGCUCUGCAAAAAGCUGCUUCCGCUGCGAAGAACGAGUGAAUCUGUGCUGCGAGCACCCCUCUCCUGUGUCAUGCAUGGCGGCCACAGCAUUUGAGCUUUCAGUGGCCAGCCUCUGGUGGCAGGUGGCACCCAGCAUUGUCACCCCUAAUGUACACUCAGGCAUAUGUUUUAUUAAAAAUAUGCUUUGCCAUUCCA